GAACAGGCAAACCCGGUCAGCACCCCCGGGUAUGGAGCAGAACUAUCAACCGAGCAGCCACAAGACCGACUACUCGGACCCGAGGACAAGCAGAGAUUCCAGACCAUCACCGGGAGUCUCCUGUACUUGGCCCAAUGCACCCGCUACGAUCUGUCAUACGCAGUGCACCAACUGACACGGGCAUGCGCAAACCCAGCACAGGUCCACAUGGCUGCGGCCAAGCACCUACUACGGUACCUACGCGGAACGCCGGACCUGCCGAUCGUGUACAAGAAGGGGCAGUUCAGACUCUCGUGCUUCACUGACUCGUCAUUUGGAGCCAACCCAGACAACGGCAGGUCUACCACCGGAUACCUGUUCUUCCUAGGAGGGGGACUGAUCAGCUACGGAGCCAAGGCACAGACUCUCGCAGCACAGAACACCGUGGAGGCCGAACUUCAAGCGCUGAGCUUCAGUGCUCGCGAGGCAGUCUACAUCUCCAACUUCAUGACGGAAAUCGGAUUCAAGACCUUUCGAUCGGUACCCAUCAACAGCGACAGCACCGGAGCAUGUGACUGUGGCCAGCACGCGAUGUUCAGCUCUAGAACCAAGCACAUCGCGCUCCAGUUCUUCUUCCUCAGGGAACUCACGAAGGGGCACCGCAUCACACUUCACCACCAACCUGGUGCCACGAUCUUGGCGGACAUCGCGACGAAACAUCUCCCGAAGCAGCGAUUCGCCACCAUCAUGCAACUCAUCAAGAACUACAAAUGCUAGAAUGUUAUUAAGCACAAAAUCGCAUAGUAUGGUUGAUUGUUUUGGACGCGUGUAUUGCUCACAGGAUGGAUUCACUCACGUGGAGGUCGAUAUUGUCUGAUAUGGAUUGGGAAUCGAGGGGUCCCAGAAAUGGCAGCGAAGUGAAGUUUUGGAACAUCGACUACUCGCCUAAUCGAGGGGUCGUGUCGAGGAAAACUGUUCCAACGUAGUCAGGCACAGUUUACCAUAGGUGCGACUGCGGCAACUAGCCUUCCGUAGACAUAACACAGAAAGAAGAGAUGGUACUCAGCAGAGAACAUGAGCACAGAGUUGUAGCGGAGAUAAUUUGGCAGGCGAGACUGUAGUUGUUUUAUUGUUCCGAACCCCGAAAUUCCGGUACUCGGGCCAUUACUCCGGAGACCCUCGGAACCUGCUGUGUUUUUGCUGCUUGUUUCUUGUUUUUGUUUUGUUG